AUUCAAAUUAGCUCGACAUACAACUCAUUUAUCAGGAGAUUAUGAUAUUACUUUUUAUCCUCCCAAGUAUAAUUAUUCCUAGUUGAGAAAUAAACUUUCACUUUUUUCCUUGAACGAAAAAGUGCCAGUGUUUUCUCUCUACUCAAUCUGGUGUGAAAUCUUUCGGUUUUUUUUUGGAUCUUUCGUCCUAAUUAGUACGAAGAAGCAUAUACUUGUUGCAUAUUUAUUUUUUCAGUUCCACGAAAAAUAUGAAAUUAUUCCUGUUAAUAUUUUUCGCAAUAUCACAAAUUGUGCAGGUUUAUAGUGAGAAUGAUAUCAGUUUCGAAUGGAGAAAAUUCCAGAGAAAAUAUGAAAAAUCGUACAGAUCUGUUGUUGAGUAUAAAAAACGAAUGUCCAUUUUCGAAAUGAAUCUGAAAGAAUACAAGGAGCACAAUGAUCUAUACGAAAAGGGGGAAAUAUCAUACAGAAAGGGUGUAAAUAAGUUCGCAGACUGGACUAAGGAAGAAUUCAUGGAGUACGUUAACAGAGGAAGUCUCAAAAGCAGAAACAGAAGGAGGAGAUCUUUAACCCAGACCUCCAAUAACAUCACUUUGCCCACCUAUGUCAAUUGGGUAGAAAAAGGAGCAGUCACUGAGGUCAAAGAUCAAGGCCUUUGUGGUUCAUGUUACGCAUUUAGUACGAUUGGCAGUUUGGAAAGCAACAAUAAAAUAACCAAUGGGAAUUUAAUACCUUUGAGUGAGCAACAACUGAUCGAUUGUUCUUGGGAGCAGGGAAAUUAUGGUUGUGAAGGCGGUCUAGCUUCUAAUGCUCUGCAGUACGUGCAAGAAUUCGGUAUAGAAGGUGAAUUAGAUUAUCCCUAUCAAGAAGACAACGGAAACUGUCGCUACAACAAAUCUAAGGUGGUAACGAAGGUGAAAGGUUUCGUUGAAAUAGAUGAGGGCUCAGAGCAAGAACUUCAGAUAGCCGUGGCCACCGUUGGUCCGGUUUCUGUGGCCAUAGAUGCCACUUUCGAGUUGCAAGGCUACGAUUACGGCAUUCUGGACGACCACUUUUGUACAACUUACGAGCUGAACCAUUAUGUUGUUGUGGUUGGAUUUGGUGUUGAGAACGGGAUAGAAUAUUACCUCGUGAAAAAUUCUUGGGGAAAGGAUUGGGGGGACCAUGGCUAUUUCAAGAUUGUCAGGAAUAAGGAAAACAGAUGCGGCAUAGCUACAAUGGCCGUUUAUCCAAUUAUGUGAAUUCGACCUUCGAUAGGAUUAUUUAUUUAUUUAUUUCAUUAUUUAUUAUCAGUGCUGAAGAUACAGUAUUAUUAAGUAUUUAUUGUACACAUUUGAAGUGAAAGGUUUGAAAUACACGAUCAUGAGAAAAUUCCUGUAUGCCUGGAAUUUAUAUCAAAGAA